GACAUCCCAGACAUAUUGCCUACCCUAAGCACCAGACUGGACACACUGGGAAACAGCCUGGCCACAUGGGCUCCCAGGCCUUCUACCCAGGACGUCAGCAUGGCUACCUAGUCUCACCAGCUCGCCCAGCUGGCAUUCCUGUUCAAAAUCAGCCAGGUAGACCUGCAGGGGUACCAUGGAUGCCAGCACCACCACCACUAUUAAAUGGUCCACCCGGAUUGGAAUACUUAAGUCAGAUAGAUACGAUACUGAUUCAUCAGCAAAUUGAACCUGUGGAAGUCUUACUCCGUUUUGAAAGUAAUAAUAAGUAUGAAAUCAAGAACAGCUUUGGGCAGAGGAUUUAUUUUGCAGCAGAAGAUAGUCAUUUCUGUAGCCGAAAUUGCUGUGGGCCAUCUAGACCUUUUACCUUGAGGAUUAUUGAUAAUCUGGGUCGAGAAGUCAUAACUCUGGAAAGACCACUAAGAUGUAACAGUUGUUGUUGCCCCUGCUGCCUUCAGGAGAUAGAAAUCCAAGCUCCUCCUGGUGUACCAAUAGGUUAUGUUACUCAGACCUGGUACCCAUAUCUAAAAAAGUUUGCAAUUCAAAAUCAGAAAGGAGAGGAUGUACUAAAAAUGAGUGGUCCAUGUAUUAUGUGCAGCUGUUGUGGUGGAGAUGUUGAUUUUGAGAUUACAUCUCUUGAUGAACAAAUUGUGGUUGGCAGGAUUUCUAAGCACUGGACUGGGAUUUUAAGAGAGGCAUUUACAGAUGCUGACAACUUUGGGAUCCAUUUCCCUAGAAACCUUGAUGUUAAAAUGAAAGCCGUGCUGAUUGGUGCCUGUUUCCUCAUUGACUACAUGUUUUUUGAAGGAACUAGGAAUUGAUUGGAAUGUCAGAGUGUCAGAGUGGAUUAAUGUAAGUCUCCUUAGAAUAUUUGAAGUCUGUAUAUUGACUGGGAUUAUCUAAAAGAAAAAUUCAGUGUUUUUUUCUUUCUUUAUUUAAAUUACAUAUACUUGUGUGGGUUAAGCUGUGAUGCUUGUAGCUCUGAGUAUAUAAUUUUACUUUUCAAAUUCAAAAAUUUGUUUUAUUUAUCACUGGCUUAUAAAUGUUUUAUACACUUUAUUGGAUUAUUCUUUGUAUAUUUGGAGAAAAUAAUAUAGGAAGUUUUAAAUUGAGAUACAAAACUUCCUUUAAAAGACUACUUGAAUUAUAGUCUGUGUUUCCAAAGCAAAAA